GCUCGUUACUCCACGUUCGCACAUACGACGUUAAUCCGUGCACGGUAACUUACAUCUCGUGACACCAUUAAUCCAUUUAAUGUAGUGAAUUAAUAGUGACAUUAAUAAUUUUUCAUACUGGAAGAAAGAUUGGACCAUGCCGCCGUCAAUCGCCAACGAAAUAUCGGUGAUAGAGAAGCCAACUCUUAUGAACUGCCAGGAUUACAAACUCACUCACGAAACCAAAGGAUUUAAUAUAAGCGACAUCGACAAUAACGAUGACGUCUGUCCAUAUGAAAGCACAUUACCAAAGAAUGAACCAAAGUUCUUUUCCCGUUUACGGAAUUGGGAGAAAAAAAUGGGAUUUGUCACAUCGCUACGUUGGGAAAACGCUGUAGCAAUAAUAUUGUUUCAUGUUGGAACGACCGUGUGGUUAAUAGUUGCUACAGCUAUGGGAGUAGUGCCAAAAUGGCAAACUGUACUAUUUGAGACAUUUUGUGGACACUUAGCUGGCUUUGGAGUAACGGCUGGAGCGCACCGUUACUGGUGCCAUCGGUCGUAUAAGGCGAAGAAACCCCUACAAAUCAUUCUAAUGCUUUGCUACUCUAUGGCCGGACAGAACAAAAUAUACGACUGGGUUCGUGACCACAGAGUGCACCAUAAGUUCUCAGAGACUUCAGCGGAUCCGCACGACGCAAGACGAGGUUUCUUCUUCUCGCACGUUGGUUGGCUCAUGAUGCGAAAACAUCCGCAUGUGAUACGAGAAGGCAAUAAAAUCGACCUUAGUGACAUUACGAAUGAUCCUGUCGUAAAAUUUCAUACAAAAUAUUUCACUCUCUUCAAGGUGACAUUGUGCUUCCUGCUGCCAGCAAUAGUCCCGAUCUGGGGAUGGCAAGAGUGCUGGUGGUUCUCUGUGUUGUCGUGUCUAUUGCGGUACAUGUGCACUCUCAACUUUACGUGGGCAGUGAACAGCGUCGCCCAUAUGUGGGGAAAUAAGCCUUAUGAUCGCUUCAUAAUGCCAGUAGAGAACUGGGGGGUGUCUCUCCUUGCUCUGGGAGAGGGCUGGCACAACUACCAUCACACGUUCCCAUGGGACUACAAGGCCGCAGAAUUUGGUUACAAGUUAAACGUCGCUACGAUAUUACUGGACCUUUACGCACGCAUUGGUUGGGCGUAUGAUAUGAAACAAGCAUCACCUACACUAGUUGCGACUGUAGCCAAGAAGAGAGGUGAUGGAGGGCAUCGACACUGAUAGCUCAAUGUCUUGUGGUCUUGGCUGUUUCGAAAAGUUAAUGUUAGUUAUAUGGUCUAGAUUUUAGAUUUGCAUCACAUUAUCUAAACAAAUCGACUUUCAUUUUGCUAUAUAAUAUUGGUGUGUAUAUUGAA